AAGUAAAAAGAACUCAGUUCAUUACAUUUGCGAGAUGUAUAAAGAAGGGAUUCUGCUGUUGCUCCUAGUUCUACUGGAGAGUUCGUUCCAUGCCCACGGUGAAUGUCGUCUGAAUGUUAACUACAUUCAGAACUCACUCGGUACUCUCACUUAUUACGAUGGACAUGGAAAAAUGCAAAUACAGAGAUUCGCAUCUUUUGAUGAGGGUCAUAAACUCGAGCUACACUGUCUCCACCAGCGUGUCAUUUCGGUUAAGAAUCUGGGAUGUCAUCGUGGUAUAGUAAAUCCAAAAGAUCCAGAAAAGUGUGAUGCACCAAUCCAUGCUAAUGUUGAGGUAACGGAUGCAGAUAAGACCUGCCCGGCGACAAUGUAUCGUAUUGGUAUCGUGAUCCGAAAUCAAUUUUUUGAGUUAUAUCGAGCCUGCUACGAUAAAGUGAAAGUGCAAUCGCACUUUUCGGAUGCAGUUAUCUAUUGGAAACCAAUACAUCCCAAGAGUCCACGUCCUUUCUUCGAUGCUGAUAAUCUAAUCACUCAGAGGCAGGUCGCCUCUUUUACUGCUCAAAAUAUGUAUGGCGCAUUCAAAACGAUCUAUGGCAAUACACAGACUUAUAUUAAGGCAGAUAGAUCCGGCAGGGCGGAGUCAGUGAUAGAUCGAGGACAUUUGACAGCUGCCGGUGACAUGACCUUCUACGAUCAGAUGUACAGCACCUUUAAGUAUCUGAAUGUUGUGCCACAGUUCAAGUCAAUUAACAAUGGCAAUUGGUUGCAAAUUGAGCAUUGGGUGGGCAAUCAUAUUCCCCAUAAAAAUGUGCUCCACGUUCGCACUGGAGCUCUGGGUAUUCUCAGUCUUCCCGACUUCAAACCACGACGAACUCUGCAGCCUGCCUUUUUGAUUCCCGACAAAAGGCAAAAUCCUGUGCCUGAAUGGAUGUACAAAAUAGUUCGAAGUAUGAACAAUCAAUUGCUGCACGUUUUCCUCACCUACAAUAACAUAUUUAACCCAACUAAGCCAACAGCUCAUAAGUGCUGCAAGGUAGUCUCAUGUCCUUUAAGGUUGGAAGAUUCGGCCACACUUGGAUUUACCUACUGCUGCAAUCCAGAUGCUUUCGUCAAAUGUUUGGCUUCUCAUUAAUAAUAAAUAUGUGUUAAUAAUGAGUUGCUAGCAAGAAUAUAACUAUAAUUUUUGUAAUAUUCAUAUUUUACUCUUUUUGAUGCUGCGAUGUUAUUCUAUGUUCUUUAAGUUAGGAAGACUCUGCUAGACUUUGCUUUACUUUUUUCUCUAAUUUAGAAAAAUUUGUUCAAUGUUUGGCAAGAAAGCAGAACUACAUAUGUUAACUUUGCGGACAGGCAUAACUAUGUUUUUAAAUUUAUGUUUUUUCAUUCAUCUGUACAUGUCUUCACAUGUCCGAUUCUUAAAAAAUGUCCUGUAAUUCCA